AUGUCUGCUUCUAGUGCAUGGAGUACCAUCGAGUCUGAUCCAGGAGUAUUUACCGAGUUGAUCGAAAAGUUUGGAGUCAAAGGGUUGCAAGUGGAGGAGUUGUGGUCGUUGGACUCGGAAACAUUAUCGGAAUUGAAACCAAUUUAUGGCUUAAUCUUUCUAUUUAAAUGGGUGGGUGAAAAGGAUGAAAGACCUGCUCUUGAACAAGCUCCAGAAAAUAUGUUUUAUGCUCAACAAAUCGUUACAAAUGCAUGUGCUACACAAGCUAUCUUGUCAAUUUUGAUGAAUAUUGAUACAACCACAGAAAAAGUUGAUCUCGGAGAAGAAUUGACUCAAUUCAAGUCAUUUUCCUUGGGUCUACCUGCUGAUGUAAUCGGAGAAACUAUUGGAGCUAGUGAAAUGAUCAAGGAGGCCCACAAUUCAUUUGCAAGACCUGAACCUUUUAUUAUUGAAGAGAGCAAAAAACCAAAGAAAGACGAAGAUGUUUUCCACUUUAUUGCUUAUUUACCUUUCAAAGGAAAUUUGUAUGAACUGGAUGGCCUGAAGGGAGGACCUAUUUUGCUUGGAGAAUGUACUCAAGAAAAUUGGUUAGAAAAGGUUGUUCCAGAAAUUCAAAAUAGAAUUAACAAGUAUGCUCAAACAGAGAUUAAGUUUAAUUUGAUGGCUGUCGUCAGAAAUAGAAAAGAUGUGCUUUUGGAAGAAUUAAAUAGCCUUCCUCAAACUCCAGAAAAUAUGGAUAAGAUUUCAAUUUUGCAAGAGAAGAUCCAAAUGGAAGAGGAGAAACUAUCAAAUUGGAGACAAGAAAAUGCACGAAGAAGACAUAACUAUGUGCCAUUCCUUGUCAACUUGUUAAAAGUCUUGGCCGAAGAGAAAGAGCUUCUUCCACUUGUUGAACGAGCAAAAGAGCAAGCAGCUGCUAAAAAGUAA